CCAGAGAAGUGCGUUGACGGUGAACGGCGCGUACAGUGUCCAGCGGAGGGCGCUGCUCCAUUUCCCCGGUAGCCAGCGGAGCGCAGUCCCGCAGCAGUACGAGGGGUGCGUUUGAUUAUUGCACAGCUAAAUGGCGGAUGAGGACAAGGAGCUGUAGCGCGAACAAUAACACCACACAUUCCCAGCAAAACGUUUCUAAAUCGUCUCAGUUUGCCGAUGCGAAUCCCGCGUGCAGUAAUACAUAUGUGGCUGUAGCAACUGACUGAUUGCGUUUGGGCACGAUUGAUCGCGGAUUCAGCCGAGCUCCGGAGGAAGUCGGUCUCUUGAUGGUGGUUGUAAUAUGGGGGACUCGCUCGGUCUGAUCGGGAAGCGGCUGCUGCUGCUGCUCGGUGACGGGAGCUCCGCGGCGGCGGCGGUGGGAGGAGCGGUGGAGCAGGCGGACUGGCUCCGCGGAACCGUGCGGGCGGUCAGUGUGAUCGGGCUGGCGAGCCCGGGGAUGGAGGUGUUUGUAGAGUUUGACGACAGCCCUUGGCGGCAGCGCUCAUGGGUGCAGGUGUAUGGGGACGAGGUGCGAGCCGUUCUCAUGGAGAGUGCCAUUGUUUGGGCCAACUGCAGCGACCCAUCGCUCUCCGCCGCUCAGUGGCCAGCCUUGAUGUUCAAAGCGCUGGUUGACCGUGUGGGUUUGGGAUCCAUGGUUCCUGUGGAGUUCUUUGGUGCACGAACUUUGGCAUUUCUCCCUAAUGGGAGUUCACUGCUCACUUUUGAGACUGAAAAAGAUUUUGAACACUCUUUGCUUCAAGAGCAGCCGGCUCUUCAAGCUGCCAUCAGGAGCUGGCACGGUGACUCGGAGUUGCAGGAGAUCCUGCGGAAAGGACCUUUCACUAUCCAGGGUCGGCGAGUGCAGGUGUACCAGCCGGAGUUUGAGGAGCCCUGGGCCCUGGGCCUCGUAUCUCAGCACGAUCCUGUUUCCCACAUUAUGGAGGUUACCAUGGACCAGGGUGAAGAGACACAAGUCGUCGAUCCCCGGGUUAUUCAUGUAAAGCUUGCUGUGGAAGAAUCAGAAGAGAGCCCAGAUCGACGCAAGAAAGAGGGCGACGGUGGGAAAGGUGAGGGCAGCCGUCGGCGCCGGACAGCAUCGGAAGGAGAUGAAGACAUUACUCUGAAACGGUUCAAAGGAGCCGGGGAGGGCACCUCUGACAGCCAGAAUGCCAAUGGCUCCAACAAGGACGCUGAGGCUAUGGUAACAUGUGUAGAGAUGCCAGGGGAGGGAAGGGAUGGUGGACGCGGGACGAACACCUGUAGUCCAGUAGAUUUGCCAAGUCCAGACUCCUCUAACAACAGCAGUUCCUCUCAGCAGGAGCACUCCCGCAUAAGGAGCACAGGUUUCGUCAAGGAGAAUGGCAGUUGUGUUCCAAACCAAGAAAGGAUAUCCUCUUCGGUAUCAGCGGUGCUUCCUGGGUCCACUCCAACACCACCUCCAUUGAAGCCUGCCCCAUCGCCCUUCUCCAACACUUUUCCUUCUUUGGGUCAAAUGCCCAGCUUGGUGCCCGGGGCCCCUGCCCCGAAAUCGUCUCCCACACUCCCGGCACCCGAGAGGGAGGAGGGAGGUGUCCUUUCAGGCUAUCCUAAAACAGCUGCCCUGGUGUCUCCGGGUCCUGUGACCAUUUCAUCGCCUUCCCAAGACAACGCUUCAAGUGUGACUCUGUCUGCUCCUGUAGAAGCCAACCAAAAGUCCAGAAUGUGGGGAUCAACCCCAGAAGCGGGUCAGAGCUCCAAGACCCCCGCUCUAUCUGCUGCAGGAUUUGGUAAACAGGCCAAUGGUCCUUCCCAGGAGGACAAGCCUUUUGGCUUUCCUUUUGGAGCUGCGAAGGAGUCGCAGAGGCAGGACUCUGAUCCCUCACAAAACCUGUUCUUCCAAAUCAUGUCUCAGAACCAGAGCAUCACGCAAGGCCAGUCAAAGCCCUUCACGUCCUUGUCCGAGUGCCUGAAAAAGGAGCCGCCCAGCCUGUUCAAGCCUGCCGCUCCCUCCGAGGGUUUCAAAAAGGUUGUAGCUUCUGCAUCCACUGGACUGUUUAGUUCAGCACCUGCUAGUGGCCUCGCACCAAUGAAAGAGCAGCCAAAAGUGCCGGAUGUCAAGCCUGCAGGCAAUGGGAUCCUAAUGAACAAGCAUUUCGUAGCCGUGGGGGAGGUACACAGCAAACUCCCAGCCGCGUUUCCCUCAGCUGUAGGUCAAGCUGCGAGCUCUGCAGAAGCUCUGAAACCCUCUUUGGGAUUAGGAACCAGCGGCCUUGCCAGUGCCAGAAAUGUUAACAGCUCGAGUCCAGUCAGAGGAUUUGGUCUGCUUGCUGGCAACAAGGCUUCAGAAACUCACGAGAACCUUUUCCUACAGGCCACCAAGGAAACAAAUCCAUUUCUUGCUUAUGGCGGAGCUGUUUCGCACAGCCCUUUUAGCGCAUUGUCAACUCCAAAGUCUUCAUCUACGCUGUCCACAUCUGCUGUUUCACCUUCGGGCAGCUCCAGUCUACUUAGUCAAGAUCCUUCUGGUGAUGAUGCCAAACCAAACUUGUUCACCAUGGCAGAACCUCCUAAGGGAAUCCUAGCCCCUCAAUUCGCUGCUCCUGCUCUCACGACCACUCCAUCGUUCACUGCAGCUGCCCAGGAUGGACAACAGACGUCCAAACCAAAUAAAGAAGGUUCAGAUGGCAGCCCGGGAACCCGCGUCAGCAUCGAAGGCCAAGGUGUCGCUACACCUUUAGACCAAACCAAGUUUUCUUUGGAGGAACGCAGUCAGUCCACUAAAAGGGAUUCAGAGUCCAGUAGCAACAGUGACCUGUCCGAUUUGAGCGAGGCGGAGGACAACUCAGGCCAGAAACCUGGGGAUCCUGCAGCCGGUGAGGAUAAGAACAAGACCCAGCCUGUGGCGAAGAGCCGGCCGCGGAGCAAACCCUUCAAAGCCGGGCAGUCCGUGUUGAAGGACCAGAAUAAGGUUCGGCGCUUGAAGCAGUCCGGAGAGUCCUUUAUUCAAGACGGCUCCUGCAUUAACGUGGCACCCCACCUGCACAAAUGCCGCGAGUGCCGUCUGGAGCGCUACAGGAAAUCCCGCGAGGACGAGGACGAUGACGACCCAAACGUGGCCUGUCGAUUCUUCCACUUCCGCAGGCUGGCUUUCACUAAGAAGGGAGUCCUUCGCGUGGAAGGCUUUCUGAGCCCGCAGCAGAGUGACAGCAUGGCAAUGGGGCUCUGGCUCCCCUCCCUCACGGUACAGGAAGGACUUGACCUGGACACAUCCAAAUAUAUUUUAGCAAAUGUGGGUGACCAGUUUUGCCAACUGGUCAUGUCAGAAAAAGAGGCCAUGAUGAUGGUAGAGCCCCAUCAAAAAGUGGCAUGGAAGCGAGCUGUGAGGGGAGUGAGAGAAAUGUGCGACGUGUGUGAGACAACGCUGUUCAACAUCCACUGGGUGUGUCGCAAAUGCGGCUUCGGCGUUUGCCUCGACUGCUACCGGCUACGCAAGAACAGGCCAACUGAAGUAGACGAGAGUCCAGAAGAAGAGGUGUUCUCAUGGCUGAAGUGUGCUAAAGGCCAGCCACACGAACCACAGAACCUCAUGCCCACUCAAAUUAUACCUGGAACAGCCUUAUACAGCAUAGGUGACAUGGUACACGCAGCCAGAGGUAAAUGGGGGAUCAAAGCGAACUGCCCCUGCACUAGUCGACAUAAACCCUUGGUGCGGCCCAGUGCUCCAAAUGGCUUUUCACAGUCGGGUGCAGCUAACAGUGUGGGUAAUGGAGCCACUUCCGCUUCAGCCACAACCUGUCCGAACGGGGAGCCAGCAGCGGGUGCAGUAGUCAAAACAGAGCCUGUUGAAGAGACGAGCAUUGCUGACACUGCGUCAUGCUCCAGUGGGACAAACAGCAGCACUCCUAGCCCUGCUCCUGUCCCGACACCAGCUGCUAAAGAUGGCAAGGGCAGUUCCUCAGCCCUUCACUGGCUGGCCGACCUGGCCACACAAAGGGAGCCCAAAGAGUCUCUGCGCUCCAUGAUGGGUCGUGACUCUCGUGCUCCAUUUGGUCUGGACUCCUUCGGCACCCUUUCCAAACCCUCAGGGUCCAGUCCCAAGCUCUUCAACAGUCUGCUGUUGGGCGCUGUCCCUUCCCAACCCAAAGCAGAGGGCACUAGCCUCCGGGAUCUGCUGAACUCUGGCCCUGGGAAGCUUCCGCAGGGUCCCGCUGAAGGAGGUGUUCCUUUCCCUUCAGUGUUCUCCACUGCUGGUCAGGCUGAUAAAAUGAAGGGAGGUCUUCCUAACUUCCUGGAUCAUAUUAUUGCAUCAGUGGUGGAGACGAAGAUGGCAGAGGGUCGCCGUGCAUCAGGGUCAGCAGAAGGCGGCGAGUCGGGGACCGCUCCUCGCAGAGAGGGCUUGAUGGGUCUCAGUGUAUUAGACCCCCACACGUCGCACUCAUGGCUGUGCGAUGGCCGUUUGCUCUGCCUGCAGGACCCCAGCAACAGCAACAACUGGAAGAUCUUCAGAGAGUGCUGGAAACAAGGACAGCCUGUGCUGGUCUCAGGCAUACACAAAAAGCUGAAGGAUAACUUAUGGAAGCCGGAGUCCUUCAGCGAGGAGUUUGGAGACCAGGAUGUGGACCUGGUCAACUGUAGGAACUGCGCCAUCAUCUCUGAUGUCAAAGUCCGAGACUUCUGGGAUGGCUUCCAGGUCAUUUCCAAGCGGUUGCAGGGUGGCGAUGGCCAACCUAUGGUACUAAAACUUAAAGACUGGCCUCCUGGAGAAGAUUUCAGAGACAUGAUGCCUACUCGGUUUGAUGAUCUUAUGGAGAACCUUCCUCUGCCUGAGUACACAAAGAGAGCUGGCCGUCUCAACUUGGCCUCUCGUCUUCCAAACUUUUUCGUUCGGCCAGAUUUGGGUCCUAAAAUGUACAAUGCCUAUGGCCUGAUCUCCACAGAAGACAGGAGGGUCGGCACCACUAACCUGCAUCUGGACGUAUCUGAUGCAGUCAACGUAAUGGUGUAUGUGGGCAUCCCAGAAGGAGACAGCGACCAAGAAAAAAAAGCAGGCCUCGAUGGAUUCAAAGAGGUGAUUCAGACCAUUGAAGAGGGAGAUGUGGAUGACGUGACUAAGAGAAGAGUCUAUGAAGCAAAGGAGAAACCUGGAGCUCUGUGGCACAUCUACGCUGCCAAAGAUGCUGAGAAGAUCCGCGAACUCCUGCGAAAGGUUGGAGAGGAACAAGGUCAGGAGAACCCACCAGACCAUGAUCCUAUCCACGACCAGAGCUGGUACCUGGACCAGAUACUGCGCCACAGGCUGUAUGAGGAGUAUGGAGUCCAGGGCUGGUCCAUUGUACAGUUUUUGGGAGAUGCUGUGUUUAUCCCAGCUGGAGCGCCACAUCAGGUGCACAACCUGUACAGCUGUAUCAAGGUCGCAGAGGACUUUGUUUCUCCUGAGCAUGUGAAGCACUGUUUUAGACUGACACAGGAGUUCCGCCACCUUUCCACCACUCACACUAACCAUGAAGACAAGCUACAGGUGAAGAACAUCAUCUACCAUGCCGUGAAGGAUGCUGUGGGAACAUUAAAAGCCCAUGAGCCUAAACUGGGCCGCUCUUAGUUGUUGAACUGAUGGUAGAGAAGUCACAGAGAAAUUGGGUCUUGGGGUGGGUGAGAUUUGGGUUUGGAUGAAGCCAGUGUGCUCACAAAACAAGCUGUUUAUAAUGGAACGUCUCAGAGUUUUGGUAGGAUGAAGAUGCUGCUUCAUCAGUGUUACAAAAGCGUUGUUUAGUUUUCUCUGUAUUUAAAAAGCCUGUUCUUUUACUCAGCGUUUAGAAUUUGUUGGACUGUUCAGAGAGCUGGUGAUAUAAGCUGACAUGAAUAAUUUAAAAGGCCUAUAACAAGGUUUCAUCGUGACUUCUGUGAAAAAAAUAAAUAAAUGCUUUCUUUGAGAACAUUAAUUUUGUGCUCCUCAAUGAAGGAGAGCUUUUAGGUAAGAUGGGGGUCAACAGUAAUUAAAUGGUUUAAAAGAUUCCAACCAACUUUUUCAGGAGAGGUGGAUGAGAGCAUGGAAGGGAACUAGACCAAAGUUUUUUAGUUUUUAAGUUCCUUUUUUGUCUUUUUGAUGAAAACAUGUUCUUUGUUUUAGUUUUUUUUUUUUUUUUGUAAUAUGCCAUUUAGGUAAUAUUUCACUUACCGCAAGUGUUAGACUGGCUUUGAGGAACAUAAUUCAAGAAUCAACAAUUCCAGUUCUGCAGAACUACUGGUCAUUAAUAUGUACCAAUAUAUAUAUUGAUCUUAGCAGUGUGUAUGAUUUUCGUUUUUUCAAAAUAAAGGUUUACAAGAAAUGA